CCACCCUACCCCCAGGGGUCACAUGACUGGCGCCUGCGUCCUAGACUCAAGGUCUUUCCUGGUUGCCUACUGGCUGUUAAUUCGGCUACAGGCUGUCGUGAGGUCCAUUCCGGAAGUAGACCCCUGAUCUAGUCCUUCUUUGCGGAAGCCUGUCACAACCUAGCCGUCCAUCCUCCAGCGGAAGUUCGUCACGUCGCGGUUGCCCCCGCACAGCGGAUGUGUGUCGCCGCUUAGGUGACGCUGGGAAGUGCUUGCAGCCUCCGCCGCUGCCUUCUGGUUGAAGCACUAUGGAGGGAGAGAGGAAGAACAACAACAAACGGUGGUAUUUUACUCGAGAACAGCUGGAAAACAGCCCGUCCCGUCGUUUUGGCCUGGACCCAGAUAAAGAACUUUCUUCUCGCCAGCAGGCGGCCAAUCUGCUCCAGGACAUGGGACAACGUCUUAACGUCUCACAAUUGACUAUCAACACUGCUAUAGUAUACAUGCAUCGAUUCUACAUGAUUCAGUCCUUUACACAGUUCCAUCGAAAUUCUGUGGCUCCAGCGGCCUUAUUUCUAGCAGCUAAAGUAGAGGAGCAACCAAAAAAAUUGGAACACGUCAUCAAGGUAGCACAUGCUUGUCUCCAUCCACAGGAAUCACUUCCUGAUACUAGGAGUGAGGCUUACCUGCAACAAGUUCAAGAUCUGGUGAUAUUAGAAAGCAUAAUUCUGCAGACUUUAGGAUUUGAACUAACAAUUGAUCAUCCACAUACACAUGUGGUAAAGUGCACUCAACUGGUUCGAGCAAGCAAGGACUUAGCACAGACUUCUUACUUCAUGGCAACCAACAGCCUGCAUUUGACCACAUUUAGCCUGCAGUACACACCUCCUGUGGUGGCCUGUGUCUGCAUUCAUCUGGCUUGCAAGUGGUCCAACUGGGAGAUCCCAGUCUCAACUGAUGGGAAGCACUGGUGGGAGUAUGUUGACGCCACUGUGACCUUGGAACUUUUAGAUGAACUGACACAUGAAUUUCUACAGAUUCUGGAGAAAACUCCCAACAGGCUCAAACGAAUUCGGAAUUGGAGGGCAUGCCAGGCUCCCAAGAAAACAAAAGCAGAUGAUCGAGGAACAGAUGAAAACACUUCGGAGCAGACAAUUCUCAGUAUGAUUUCCCAGAGCUCUUCAGACACAACUAUCGCAGGUUUAAUGAGCAUGUCAACUUCUACCACAAGUGCAGUGCCUUCCCUUCCAGCCACUGAAGAGUCAUCCAGCAACUUAAGCAAUGUGGAGAUGUUGCAGGGCGAACGUUGGCUGUCCUCCCAACCCCCUUUUAAACUGGAACCUGCUCAGGGUCAUCGGACUAGUGAGAAUUUAGCACUUAUAGGAGUUGAUCAUUCUUUGCAACAGGAUGGUUCGAAUACAUUUAUUUCCCAGAAGCAAAAUAGUAAGAGUGUGCCAUCAGCUAAAGUGUCUCUGAAAGAAUACCGUGCAAAGCAUGCAGAAGAGUUGGCUGCCCAAAAGAGGCAAUUAGAGAACAUGGAGGCCAAUGUGAAGUCACAAUAUGCAUAUGCUGCCCAGAAUCUUCUGUCACACCAUGAUAGCCAUUCUUCGGUCAUUCUGAAAAUGCCCGUAGAGGGCUCAGAAAACCCUGAGCGGCCUUUUCUGGAAAAACCUGACAAAGCAGCUCUCAAAAUGAGAAUCCCAGUGGCAAGUGGAGAUAAAGCUGCCUCUUCAAAACCAGAGGAGAUAAAAAUGCGCAUUAAAGUCCAUGCUGCAGCUGACAAGCACAAUUCUGUAGAGGACAGUGUCACAAAGAGCCGAGAGCACAAAGAAAAGCACAAGACCCACCCAUCUAAUCAUCAUCAUCAUCAUAAUCACCACUCACACAAGCACUCUCACUCACAGCUUCCAGCUGGUCCUGGGAACAAACGUCCAGGUGAUCCAAAACAUAGUAGCCAGACAAGCACCUUAGCACACAAACCCUAUAGCUUGUCUAGUUCUUUCUCCUCUUCCAGUUCUACUCGUAAAAGGGGCCCCUCUGAAGAGACUGGAGGGGCAGUGUUUGAUCAUCCAGCCAAGAUUGCCAAGAGUACUAAAUCCUCUUCCAUAAAUUUCCCCUUCCCUCCUCUUCCUACAAUGGCCCAGUUGCCUGGGCAUAGCUCAGACACAAGUGGCCUUCCCUUUACACAGCCUAGCUGUAAAACUCGAGUUCCUCAUAUGAAACUGGACAAAGGGCCCACUGGGGCCAAUGGUCACAACACAACCCAGACAAUAGACUAUCAAGAUACUGUGAAUAUGCUUCACUCCCUUCUCAGUGCCCAAGGUGUGCAGCCCACUCAGCCCCCUGCAUUUGAAUUUGUUCAUUCUUAUGGUGAAUAUCUGAAUCCACGGGGUGGUGGAAUGUCCUCCAGGUCUGGCAAUACAGACAAACCCCGGCUCCCACCUCUACCAUCAGAACCUCCUCCACCACUUCCACCCCUUCCUAAGUAAAGAAAAAGAAGAGGAGAAAAAAAACUUCCAUAAAAACAACUUUUUUUUUUUUUUUUAACUACUGAUUCUGGACUAAGGAAAUUACUUCCCUCAUGAAAUACGUCACCCUUCUUGGACUAGGGAAUAAAUGAAUAUUGACAUGCAGGUGGGAGGGUGGUAGAGGGGCUUGGUUAUAUCUACUGCCUCAGAAAUUUAACUAUUUUAUUAUAGUUUUUACUGGUAUUAGAGAGGUGAGAAUGUGUUAAGCUGUGAAGGAUUAAGAGUACUUUCUCUGUUCUUGGCCUCUCCACCUCCUAAUUAGAUCGAUUAGAGCUGAUGUCUUCCCUCUUCUUGCCAGGACUGAAAUACGGAGGGUUGGUUUUAUCAAACAGUUGUGGAUCCUUUUGGUGUUUAAUAUUAUCAGAAGAGAGGAAGUAUUUAAACGUCAAAAUCUUUUAAGAGACUUUUAAAAAUAAUUUAAAGAAAGUAAGUUAUCUGUUUAGUUUUUUUUAUAUCAUUGGGGAGGGGAUAGGGAUUUUGCUGUGUGUAUGAGAUACAUA